ACAACCCACCAACCCACCAAGAUGCAAAGUCCCCUUGACACUAUUAUGCACUCCUAGGCCAUGACGCAGUGCCCCGCCAUUCCCGCCAAGCCAUUCCCAUGCCCACGCCGCGACGUCACGAAAAAUGCGCGAUUGGGAGAGGCGAGAACAACACUCAGUUAUUCAGCAGCGCCGCCCAACACCUCGCACGCGAAACACGUAUCGCGUUUGUCCACCAUGCACAACGCCGUUCUGGGCAGGGCAUGCCCUCGCCCGACCCAUGCCUAUCCCUUCCGCACCUCGCGCCAAGCCCGCUCCCAACCGCGUGCCAAGCAAGGGCCACUAGGAAUCGCCCACGCAGCCUUGCCUGCCCGUGCCAAGCUCCACGCCAUUCCACGAACUCUCUCCCGCUCUCCCGCUCUCCCACGCUCCCGCUCUCCCGCUCUCUCACUCGCCCGCGCUCACGCUCUCCCGCGCUCCCACUCGCCCGCGCUCCCGCUCUCCCGCUCGCCCGCGCUCCCGCUCUCCUGCGCUCCCGCUCUCCUGCUCUCACGCUCGCCCGCUCGCCCGCGCUCCCCAUCUCCCUUUCUCCUGCUCUCCCACUCUCCCGCUCUCCCGCGUUUCCGCUCUCUUGCUUGCAUGCUCCCCUGCUGUAUCUCUAUCCCUGCUGUAUCCCACCCCCUUUUUCCAUGCUCCCUCUCCGUCUCCCAUGCUCACCGCCCUUCUCCUAUGCUCCCUCCCCUUCUCCCAUGCUCCCUCCCCGUCUCCCAUGCUCACUCCCCUUCCCCCAUGCCCUCACCCCAUGCCCUCACCCCGUCUCCCAUGCUCCCUCCACUCUCCCAUGCUCACCCCUCUUCUCCCAUGCCCUAACCCCCUCUCCCAUUCUCAACCCCCUUCUCCCAUGCUCCCCCCCCCUCUCCCAUGCUUACACCUCUUCUCCCAUGCCCUAACCCCCUCUCCCAUGCUCACCCCCCUUCUCCCAUGCUCCCUCCCCCUCUCACAUGCUCCCUCCCCCUCUCCCAUGCUCAACCCCUUACUCCAGGGAUCCCUCCCCGUCUCCCAUGCUCACCCCCCGUCUCCCAUGCUUACCCCCCUUCUCCCAUGCUCCCUCCCCCCUUCGCCCAUGCUCUCACCCCGUCUCCCAAACUCACCCCCCUUCUCCCAUGCUCCCUCCCCGUCUCCCAUGCUCACCCCCCUUCUCCCAUGCUCCCUCCCCUUCUCCCAUGCUCCCUCCCCGUCUCCUAUGCUCCCUCCGAGUCUCCCAUGCUCACUCCCCUUCCCCCGUGCCCUCACCCUGUGCCCUCACCCCUUCUCCCAUGCUCCCUCCCCCUCUCCAAUUCUCACCCCUCUUAUCCCAUGCCCUAACCCCCUCUCCCAUUCUCAACCCCCUUCUCCCAUGCUCCCCCCCCCUCUCCCAUGCGCAACCCCCUACUCCCGGGAUCCCUCCUCAUCUCCCAUGCUCACCCCCCUGGUCUGCACAAAACCCAUCUCCCCACUCUCUCGACCUAGGCCCCCUCACAUCUACCUCACCCCUCUCUCUUCCUCCACCCCUCCACCCAAUGGCCCAGGGCCCGCCAUAGGGGACAGCGCGCCAGGAUCCAUAUGACCAGAAAACUACUCCUGGGACGUCUCCAAGCAACGCCCCUGAUUUCUCCAGUCAAUGCCAUCCCACACUCGUCUCGCUUGUUCAUCCGACUUCCACAAGUUGCACUCGGUGGAGCAAUGGUGUUUGGUGGUUGGGUGGGCCGUUGGAGUUAUGACGCAUCAUGGUUGUAAAAUUUUGGGAAGCGUGCUCCCUAUAAAGGAUACCGUAAUCCCCCGUAUAUACGACUCACCGAAAUAGUCAGCCCAUGGGUGGCAUAUGCGGGGGAAAGCUUAUGAUAUGGCGCAAUUUUUAGAGUACCCGCUUUUCUGGGUAUGCAUUUUACAUAACACCCUGCUCGUUUUUCUUGCCUAUAAAACAGUAUUUCGUCC